GGUCAAGCAAGUGAAUUAUCUGUGACUUCCUGAAACGUCGCGGCGCUGGGUUUGUGAAACUUGGUCAGUGAGACGAGAUGGUAGAGGAAUAAUUGUAGCUAUCGAAGUCAAGUACGGCUCGGAAUAUACGGAUGCCUGCUGUCACACAACCUGCUCAGAGUACUGCACAUCUGACAUAGAGACACACACACGCAGACGGACAGACAGGCAGACAGACGCAGGUGUGGCCAGAGCUGAUGGAGAAGAAGGAAGAACGUAAGGACAAGUACUUUAUAGUCAUCAGAGGAAAGGCCAGGAAUGGCUACAAGUCGGUGUGCAAGGGCUGCAUCGGCAGGGUGGAGGCGGAGACAAAGCAAGGGGAGUUGAUUGGCCAGAUGUACAGUGGCACUGGUGGGGUCAAGGGGGGCGGGGUGGUGAAGCGGGAGGACACGUACCCCCUCUCCCGCCACCAGGCACAGCUUCUGCUCUUCGUGACCCCGUCCCAGAAGCGGCUGGAACUGCUGUGUAACCCUCAGCUGUUCACAGCCAUCUGCGAUCUGGCCCAGAACGACCUGGUGGUGGUGAAGCACAAGAAGGGCCUGCAGCCAGGCCUGGUCAAGAACCUGAUGCAGAUCGGGAGGCGGGAGAACCCUGACGACCUGCUGAUGCUGGGGUUUGAGGUGGAGUUCGUGGACACAGAUCAAAGUCAGCCCACCAAGAAGGUGCCCCCGCUCCCUCUAGUCAGCGCUGGAGACAUUGUCCAAGUUGUCCCCAACUACACUGUCAGUCCACGAAACCUUCAGACUGAAGGUGUCAACAAGAGGGCGGUUUCGCGGAUCCCCUCACUCCCGAACUCGGGGUCUCGAGGCGGACAGGCCGGAGGAAGCCCUCCCGGCGUCCCCCAAGCCCCCACACCACAGUGCCCCCUAGAGGUGGGGUCAAUGGUGGAGGUGGAGGCUGGGAGCGGGGUCACCGUGUACGGGGUGAUACGAUGGAUAGGGCUACCUGAGGGACAGAGGGACAGCUGGGCCGGCAUUGAACUGGACUAUGAGAUGAGCGGUUGCUCGGAUGGAAAGCUUGGAGCCCAACAGUAUUUCACCUGCAAAGGAAACAGAGCACUGUUUGUCCCCUUAAAGACUUGUAGACCAGAUGGACGCUUCCAGUCCCUGACUGCUGUGGAGGAGGCACCCAAGUAUCAUGAGCUCUUCCCAGACACACCUCUGGAAGAGGGGGUUGAAGAUGCCCCACCCAUCCCAGAAUCGGAGGCCCUGGCUCUGCUGGAGGGCAGGAUGAAGGGGAUCCAAGGCCACUACAACUCAUGCUACCUGGACUCCACGCUGUUCAGUCUGUUCAGCUCCUCAGUCACCCUGGACAGUUUGUGUCGCAGUCCUGGGGUGUCAGAGGAAGAAGUUCCCUCCAUCCUGAGGAGACAAAUCGUCAACCGCCUGCGCAGACAGGGCUUUGUUCCGUGUGAGAGUGUGAUGGCCUUCCGCAGACAGCUGGGGUGUGACUCGUUCCUGACGGAGGAGAAAGACCCAGAGGAGUUCAUUACAAUCCUGCUUCAGCGGCUGCUUCACGUGGAUCCACUCCUGAAGCUCAGGUCAGGGAGUGAGAUUACUCAGGAUUCCUAUACCUUCCAGAUCAUUCUGGACAAAGAGCAGGUGGGCCCGGUGCCUACAGUCCAGCAGCUCCUGGAAACUUCCUUCCUAUCAUGUGACCUCAAGUUUGAAAAGGUCCCAUCCUGUUUGAUGGUCCAGAUGCCGAGAUUUGGGAAGGGGUAUAAGAUGUUCCCCCGGAUCAUACCAUCCACAGAGCUGGAUAUCACAGACCUCCUACACAACUCCCCUCGGGAGUGCUUCCUUUGUGGGGGGCGGGCGGAGCUGGAGUGCCCUGGGUGCCUGGGGGACCGUAAACUGCAGCCAGGGAGAAUAAAGCAGUACUGCACCACCUGCAGCACUCAGGUGCACUCUCACCCGCUGCGGAAGGACCAUGCCCCUCGCAAGCUGCCAGCGCCAACGGACCUCCCCGUGGACGGCCCCAUGCCCAGACACAAGCUACAGCUCUUUGCUGUGCUCUGCAUCCGCACCAGCCACUACGUCUCAUUCGUCAAGUUCGGCCCCUCCCCGCGCUCCUGGCUGUUCUUCGACAGCAUGGCCGACCGCUGUGGCGAUGACAAAAACGGCUUCAGCGUUCCAGAGAUCAAGGCCUGCCCGGAGGUGGGAGACUUCUUGUCACAGCCAGAGGAGGAACUGGCUGCAGCGGAUCUGUCAAACACCAGCAAUCUGGUCAAGAGGCUACUGCAGGACUCCUACAUGUGCUUUUAUCAGCACCCGUGUGUGUCCUUGAAAGAAUAACUACAUUAACUCCCCACACAAUCUAACUGCCAUGGUGCCUCCUCCCUAAAGGUAAACUAAGAAAUUUCAGCGUCAGUUCAGUGCCACUGCAGGUUUUUUUUCCCCAAUUCCUACAUGCUGCAAGUUCUGCAGUCUUUGAAGUGUAGGGAAAAUUGGGUCAGAAAAUUGUUGGACUUUUUUACAGUUGUCACUUGAUGGCCACAGUGACAUUGCAGCUAGAUUGAAUACUGCCACCCCCCGCCCCCCUCACUCCAGCCAACCCAAGGUGUCCCAAUCUUUGGUCAUCACGUCAUUGCACUGCUGCAUUGUUACGGCUGUGGAAUCAAGUGGAUGUACAGAUAACGGCUGAAACAUUUGCUGACGUCACUGCGAUUUUGUCAAUGACUAUGAGCAGAGUGCAGUGGACAUGCCUUUUUCUUCUUACAUAUGAACUUAGCUGUAGCACUCAAAAAGAAAUGAAGGAUUCCAUAUGUACAUUUACCAAAAUGUGGAAGUGUGUUGUUUGUGUAAAUUUGUGUUUUCAAAUUAAUGCUUUAGUUUAAACAAAUGGACUCCAGGAAUGAAGGAUGGUAUAUUAUUCAAGUUUAAACUGUAUGCACUGCCUCAACAAUAAUAUCAUUUGAAUGUAUUGGCAAGUAGCUGAUUCUACCAAUGAAGAUUUUAUGCAACGGGUAGAAGGAAGCAAAGGAGUGUAAAUAAAUGAGAUGAAAUU